AUGGGCUGCUACAAAUCCUGUCAAGAUCGCGCCGCCAGCGGUGGCAGUUGCAGCUCGACAGACACAGCAGCCUCGGAUCGAUCAAAAAGUACCGCACCAACUCUCAUGAGUGAGCGCGCCAUGUCCGGUCCUAAAUAUCAAAAGUGGCCGGAAUUUGAGUACCUCGACGAGAUCCCAAUCUCCGUAUCCGUCGAAGAAGAAGACGAAGAGUUCGAAGAUUACGACGAUGAACAUGACCCUCACCACUCCGUCUCAACCUACGCCUCCACAACCCGUUCCAAAGCCGACAUCGCCCCCGAAGAACCCGUCUUCGAAGUCGACGACAGAGAAGAAUCCUUCCCAUCAGACGCCCUCGCCUCAACACCCUCCUCCUUUGCAGAUCUCUUCCCUUCAACUCGCCGCCUCCUCAUCCGCCACGACGACGCCACCAUCGACGGCAACAUGAAUCUACGCGUCGACACCGUCGUCCCCUGCCGCGACGGCUACCAACAAGACGUCAUCCUCUUCCACCUCCGCAUGUACGAUCUCUUCUCACGAAAGUGCUCCUUCCGCCGAUACUGCCGCGACUCUGGCCGCGAAGUCUGCCACUCAAUCCGGAAAGAGGUGAACCCGCCAAAUGACCGCCGCCCCGUCUUCCGCCGCUCCUGGAGCAGCAUGCUAGCCAGUUUCCGACCUAGUUCCAGCGGCAGUAAUAGCCACCCCGGCCACGCACCGGUGGUAGAUCACCUCAAACGUCAAGAUUCUGGCUACGGACCGGGGAAGAAACACGACCUGCACGCUAUGGCCAAUGACCCCGCCAACCUUGACCCAUCUACAACCUCAGAGAAAACCCUCGCCGAUACAAUCCUCCUCGAAUUCUCCAACUACGCCCACGUCGAACUCAAGCGCCGCGGCGGCCCCGGAGCUAAGCGCUACGAGUACGAGUACUGGAGUACCCGGUACCAGUGGCGCUGUGAGUGUCGGCGCGAGGGGGAUUUGCGAGAAGUCUCGUAUUAUCUGGUGGAUAUGCGCUCGUCAAAGACCAUUGCGCACAUGAUUCCGGAUAUGCUGACGCCGCUGGAGGCUGUUGAGGAGGAGAGUAAAGGGGGUUGGGUGCCGCCGUCAAGUCUGUGGAUAAGUGACCCCGCUGUGUAUGAGCGGAUGCCUGAUGUUGCCGACGUUAUCGUCGCAACAGGCCUCAUCACACUAGUAGACGACUGGAUCCGACGACGCUGGCAUCGCGAGCGCCGCGGGUCAUGGAUGCUACCCAGUGGGUCUGCGCUAUCACGGAGCCUGGAACGCAUGGGCCCUCGCCGGUUACUCGGUGAGGUGCUGCAGCGUCGGGGGUCUGCGUGA